GGCGAGGAUGAAUUCUUGAUAUGCUUGAGCCACCAUUGGUUUGUGGGACGGCGUCUCCGUGAUUCUGGUGCCCUAAUUCCUUCUCGCUUUCUUUUCGCCGGUGGUUGUUCGCGAUGGGUUUAGGGUGUUCUUGCUGGGGUGGGUGGACAAGGAGUGGUUCGUGGUGGCUGUCGAUCUUCUUGAGCCACCAUCGGUUUGUGUGAUCUUGAUGCCGGCAAGUUGCAUGUCCGCCAGUAUGUGGUGGAAUAGAACAUGUGAGGCGGCAAGGUGGGCCUCACGAGACCCGUAGAGGGACCACCGAUUACCUCGCCACUAUCUCCUCGCUAACCAACCCCAUCCCAUUUCCACCUGGCUCUUUCUCACGUUGCCUCACAGUCACAAAACCUGGACUAGGAAUAGUUCCCCCCGUACCAGGAGGGAAGGCUUGAGAAGACAAGCGAGGUCAUCGGCGAUUGGCGCAUAGAGGCUGUCGACAUCAGACCGUAUGAAGCCGGCCUCUGGGCAGCCGCCGGACGAGCAGCGUGGCAUUCAGGCGGGGAAGUACGGAGGUAGCCGGAACCCCACUCGGGUCGAGCGACUGCUGCGAGACAGAGAGCUCAGGAAGAUCAAUAGAGCGUUCCAGCAGGAGGAGGCUGGCAGCGGUGUCGGCGGUGUUGGGCAGGCAAAGCCGGAGCAUUCGCCUGAGAACAGCGUGAGGGAGGUCGGGAGUGAGCCCGACGAAGAGAUUAUAGAUGGAUCCUUGGCGCCGAUUACAACGAUCGGAGUGGAAAACAGGCGGAGCAGGGGAAGGCCCAUGAAGCAGAGGCUGCUGGUCGUGGCGAAUCGGCUGCCGGUGUCUGCAGUCCGCCGCGGAGAGGAUUCCUGGUAUUUGGAGGUCAGUGCUGGCGGACUUGUCAGCGCUCUGCUUGGUGUAAAGGAUGUUGAUGCUAGGUGGAUUGGAUGGGCUGGUGUCAAUGUGCCAGAUGAAGUUGGGCAGAGGGCGCUCACAAAGGCGUUGGCUGAAAAGAGAUGCAUUCCAGUCUUUCUUGACGAAGAAAUAGCACACCAGUAUUACAAUGGCUACUGCAACAACAUACUGUGGCCCCUCUUUCAUUACCUGGGACUUCCACAAGAAGAUCGACUAGCAACCACUCGUAGCUUCCAAUCUCAGUUUGAUUCUUAUAAGCGAGCAAACAAGAUGUUUGCUGAUGUUGUGAACAAGCAUUACCAAGAAGGGGAUGUUGUUUGGUGCCAUGAUUACCAUCUAAUGUUUCUUCCUAAGUGUCUUAAGGAAUACAAUAGCAAGAUGAAAGUGGGUUGGUUUCUUCACACUCCUUUCCCUUCUUCAGAAAUCCACAGGACCCUGCCAUCUCGAUCCGAGUUGCUAAGAUCAGUUCUUGCAGCUGAUCUAGUAGGGUUCCACACAUAUGAUUACGCAAGGCAUUUUGUUAGUGCUUGCACUCGCAUCCUUGGACUUGAGGGUACACCUGAAGGGGUAGAAGACCAAGGAAAGCUGACCAGAGUGGCUGCGUUUCCUAUUGGAAUAGACUCUGAUCGGUUUAAGCGAGCACUUGAGCUUCCAGCUGUCAGAGAGCACAUCAAUGAGUUGACACACAGAUUCGCAGGUCGAAAGGUUAUGCUGGGUGUUGACCGUCUUGACAUGAUCAAGGGGAUUCCGCAAAAGAUUUUGGCCUUUGAAAAGUUCCUAGAAGAAAAUCCAUCAUGGCGUGACAGAGUAGUCUUGCUGCAAAUUGCUGUUCCAACAAGAACUGAUGUCCCUGAAUAUCAAAAGCUUACUAGCCAGGUUCAUGAAAUUGUGGGUCGUAUAAAUGGCCGAUUUGGAACACUUACUGCUGUUCCGAUACAUCAUCUGGAUCGUUCUCUUGACUUUCAUGCAUUAUGUGCUCUAUAUGCAGUUACUGAUGUGGCUUUAGUAACAUCAUUGAGAGAUGGGAUGAAUCUUGUAAGCUAUGAGUUUGUAGCAUGCCAGGGCUCAAAGAAAGGAGUUCUCAUUUUAAGUGAAUUUGCUGGAGCAGCACAAUCCCUGGGGGCUGGUGCACUUCUAGUAAAUCCAUGGAACAUCACAGAAGUUGCAGCAUCUAUAGGAUAUGCAUUGAACAUGUCUCCUGAUGAGAGAGAGAAGCGGCACAGGCAUAACUAUGCACAUGUGACCACACACACUGCCCAAGAUUGGGCAGAAACCUUUGUGAGCGAACUCAAUGAUACCGUUGUUGAAGCUCAGCUUAGAACGAGACAAGUUCCACCACUACUUCCUACCCAUGUUGCUGUUGAACGGUACUCGCAGUCCAAGAAUCGAUUGCUCAUUUUGGGUUUUAAUGCAACUUUGACUGAAUCAAUUGAAUCUUCUGGAAGAAGAGGUGGUGAUCAAAUCAAAGAGAUGGAGCUUAAGUUGCAUCCGGAUUUGAAAGCGCCUCUGACAACUCUUUGCAAUGAUGUAUUGACAACAGUAGUUGUUCUCAGCGGAAGUGACAGAAGUGUCUUGGAUGAUAACUUUGGAGAGUAUAAUAUGUGGCUUGCAGCAGAAAAUGGGAUGUUCUUGCGUCACACAGGUGGUGACUGGAUGACAACAAUGCCGGAGCAUUUAAAUAUGGACUGGGUUGACAGUGUGAAGCAUGUAUUUGAGUAUUUCACUGAGAGAACGCCCAGGUCUCAUUUUGAGCAUCGUGAGACAUCUCUUGUCUGGAAUUACAAGUAUGCAGAUGUGGAAUUUGGAAGGCUUCAAGCACGAGAUAUGUUGCAGCAUUUGUGGACAGGCCCAAUUUCAAAUGCAGCAGUUGAUGUUGUCCAAGGUAGCCGAGCAGUGGAGGUUCGAUCUGUUGGUGUUACAAAGGGUGCUGCAAUUGAUCGAAUACUGGGAGAAAUAGUUCACAGUAAAAGUAUGGUUACACCUAUCGAUUAUGUUUUAUGUGUUGGCCAUUUCCUUGGGAAGGAUGAGGAUAUUUAUACUUUCUUUGAACCAGAGCUUCCAUCCGAACCAGUAAGUUCCUCGAGAACGAAAAGUGACACAGGUAAACCAUCAACUACUGACAAGAGGUCGACGGGAAGAUCAACCAUAAGGAACAACUCAAGGGGAUCACAUGUUAAGUCUCAAAGGGCUCCAGUCGGAUCUGAAAAGAGGAUGUCAACAAAUCACAACAUACCAGCUGGCUGGCGGUCUCCUCAAGAGACCAUGUCAUGGCGCGAGGGGUCAUCGGUGCUUGAUCUUAAGGGCGACAACUACUUCUCAUGUGCUGUUGGGCGGAAGCAUUCAAAUGCAAGGUAUCUGCUAAACUCAUCUGAUGAUGUCGUAUUCUUCCUCGGAGAGUUGGCUGAGGCGGCUCAUCCUGCUGCUUAUUUUUACCCCAGGAAUGGUGAUGUAACCAUGUAGGUAGAUAAUAGAUUUGUUUUAAUAUAUAUUUUUUUCUCUUUCCAAAAGUAAAUCUGUAUUGAUUCAAAACUCUGGAAUAACCAAAGACUUUCUCUCAUCAGAGAAAAUAGAAAAUGGCUCGGGAGGCCAGAUAUCUCUCCAAAGCUGAUCAGUUUCUUAA